UUCUCGAGGUGCUCGGUAUUGGAGCAAGGCGUAUGCUUCGUAUGUCGUGUAAAUUAUUCUUCUUUGUCAAUGGCUUAUCAGUGGUAUGUUAUUGCCUGGUUGAGAUAUCACGCAAAUUGAGAAUUUUACUUGUAGUUGGUUGGACAAUAAUAGCAUUAUAGUGAAACAAGACAAUCAACUACAAAUGCUUAAUAUUACCAAAGCUUGAAAGAGAAGUUUUGUUUGCUGUAAAAUAGACGAAGAAGAGGAAGAGAUUGAAAAUCUAUACCAUAUUGGAUGAAAAGUCAUCGAUGCAUGGAAUAGAAAUUUGACAUUCGUGACUUCUAAAUUUGGCUUCAACCAGGACCUGAGUGCUAGGUCCAGAUCAAAACUGUCUAUAAUGCUUAAGAUGCUCAGUUAACACUGGAAUCAAUUUGAAUUUACUUGUUACAAUGUCUGGUAAAAAAGAGGAUACCAUACAGCCAUUGACACGACCAUCAAAGAGGAAAAAAAAUGCUGAAGCACUUUCAGCAAACACAUCCGCAGGCAAAUCAAAGUCUUCCACUAGCACCGCAAGAGUAGAUAGAUCGAUGAAUCUAAGCCGUGACGAAACAGGAAUAUCUAGAAAAUCUGAUAUCAGAGAGCAAAACUUGCUACUGCGAACUAAAAGUGAACUUCGAACAGGCCCACGUACAAAAAUAAUUGAAGAAAAUUCUCGUUCACCUUUGAAGAAAAAACCUGUUCGAUCUGCUUCUCAAAGAAUUUUGCGGACUACCGAUCGUUUGAGACUACCAGAAAAACAAGGAUCUCCAAAACGUUCUAGUAUAAAGCCUUUGACAAACGAUGAGAUAAGCGAUCGAAAGCUUUCACGUGCUAGUAAUGCUUGCCAAACAAAAACAGACAGCUCAGAAUCUUCAAAAGAUGUAGAAGAGGAAUUUGAUCCCUCAAAAUUGACUCUUGUUGAACGAGUUAAGCUAUUCAAUGAAAAAAUUGCAACAGAACAGGCCAUUAAAUUGAAAAAUAUGCUAUACAAUAGUAAUAAAGUAGGUCGAAAAAACUGGUUGGCAUCACGCUCUAGAACCCAGCCUGUAACAUCAGAAGAAUUGGAAGCAGCCUAUCAAAAACCAUUAUCACCGCAUAACAACCGUCACUCAAUGUUUGCUCGAACGGAUCAAACAAUUCUUGAAACAUCUGAUUUGAGUACCGAGACUCACCAUGAAGAGCAGACACAGAAAAAAUCGGAUUAUGAAAGUUCCACACUUCAAGUACAAGAAUUAAAAGAGGACUCCAUACUCAGUGUAGAACCCAAGCGUUUUGAGCUUGUCUCAUCCUUUAGAGUAAAAUCCAAUUCUCGCUGGAAGCCAGUAGUUGAGUCUUCCUCUAAAAUUAUAGAUAAUGUUGAUAGGAAUACUUCAAGCUCACGCAUUAAGUCACCACUAAAAGAAGAUAAUUAUCAAUUCAAGGAACAUGUAUCAAGGAAAUCCACCAAAAAUAUGAAUCAAAAUGAAAAAAUGGUGAGAAAAAGUGAGCGACUUAACAAACAGGUCAUCCAUAAAUACUUGAGAAAAAAAAGUCAUGUUACGACGAAUGAAGUUUCAUGCAUUCCGGAACCAAAAAUUAAAUCAAUUGUGGAUGAAAAAUUGAGUACCGCAUUGCCUGUAAUUGCUCAUCCGCGUUCUCGCGAAAAAUUCAUUGAGCAAGACGUCCGAACAGUUGAUUCCAGAAAAGUAGAUCGUAAGAAAUUAGGUGGGAAAUUGAAGGCUGACUUGGGUACUGAGAUUUUAUUGACAGAUACAAGCCUUACUAUGAGUCGAUUGGUUCAAGAGGUGGACUCCAUGGAAAUUCGUAGCAGAAGUAUAGCGAAUCGACUUGCAGCCCUUGAGCAAAAUGGGACUACCAAAUGGAAACAUCAAUUGCCUUGCGAACCUGAUCUUUACCCUGUUGCUCAAAUUUGCAACGAAAAUGACUCCACAGAUGGUAAUUGUCUGCCUAAAUCAGACACUGUUACUACUAACAAUAAACAAGGAAAAUUAGCUGAACGUCUUGAAAAAUUGGAAACUGCUGCUGAAGAAUGGAGAAGAAGAGUCGCUACGCCAGAUGCUGUUCAAUAUUCAACAUAUGGCAAAAUGAAAGUUGAUCAGUCUGAGGGCUUUCAUUCUGCAGCAUCAUCACCUCUUAUCAAAGCAAUUGGAAACGAAUCGAGUAAAAGCAAAAGAGUACCUCGAGCUGAACGUUUCAGAGUUGAAAGAGAUUGUACAGAACCAACUAGCGGAAAACUCACCAUGGCUCAUUCUCUCACUACAGUGAAAAAAUCAUUGUUUUCGCGUAGAGUUGUGGAUACUGAAAUUGUUGGAAAAACUGGAGUGACUCAUCCACAGAUAGAUCUCAUUGUACCCAUACCUAGAACAGACGAUUCGACAUUUGCCACAUUUUUCAGUGGGGUUUCUACUGAACGAUGCGACAACGAGAAUAUAGAGUUCAACGAGAAUGACUUUGAUGUUAUAAAAUCGCGGUCAGAACUACUGGUACAAAGAAGAAGAAUCCCCACUCGUGGACGAAGAUUGAAAUCUCAGAAUCCGUUACGAGUUCUUGCAGCACGUACAGAUCUCCGUACGGAAUAUACCGAAAUCAGAACUGGCAUUGCAGAGCGAAUUAUGAAGGAUCUUAGCAUUGAAAAGUUGGCAAAAUCCUCAUCUCUAGCAGUCGAAGCACUGGCCGGGUUGGCAUCUACAGAGGAUUUUAAUGCUAUAACAUUAAAGAAUACAACUAGAACCGCAGAAGACUCCAAGUACAAAAAAUUAAUGCUAAUUCUGGUCAAGGGACGAAGACAUGUACAAGUCAGACUAGUCGAACCAAUUGCAUCCAGCAUCAACAGUGGAGAUAAUUACAUUUUGGUUACUCCGACAGAGGUGUACAAUUAUGUUGGAAAGUAUAGCAAUAUCAUAGAACGGACUCGAAGUGCGGAAAUAGCAUUAGGUAUUCAACAAAAUAAAGAUCUCGGAUGCACGGCAAAUCAAGUGAUUACAGUUAGCGAAGAUAAACCUACAUGUUCCAAAAGAGAUACAGCAAAAUUUUGGAAAUUGCUUGGGACUGAAGAUGAAGUAGUCGAAGUUACUGAAGCUGGUCAUCCAGAUGAGGAUGAACUUUAUGAAACCGUCGUAAUGAAGACCAAUAUGGUUUACGAACUGAUUGAUAAAGAAUUGGUUCCAUUCACAGAAUUCUGGGGUGUAAUACCAAAAAUGGAAAUGCUAGAUCCAAUCAAGAUCUUAGUUUUUGACUUUGGGAGUGAAAUGUACAUUUGGAAUGGCAAACUCGCUGAUUUAUUGAAUCGAAAACUUGCCUCCGACAUGGCUAAGGAACUGUGGAAGGAAGGUUACGAUUAUUCCGAAUGUACAGUGUGUCCGCUUACAGCAGCAUCUGUAAUAGGAGCACGUAAAAAUUCUAUGUCUGCUGAAAACAAAGCCUCUGCACGUCCAGAUUGGUGUUUACUAUUGAAAGUCACUCAACACAUGGAGCCUAUUCUAUUCAAAGAAAAAUUUCUGGACUGGCCUGAUUUCACAAAAGUUAUUCAAACUAAGAACACCGACUCAAAAGAGCUCGUCGAUGCGAGCGUUAAUGUCCUACCAUUUGAUGUCGGUCCAAUAAUUCAGCAAAACUUGACCCCAGUUGACUUAUUACUUGAAGGCAGUCACUUGGGACGUGGCACACAGUGGUUCGACAAAGAAUUUAGGAAACAACAUUUGAUUGAUACACUUAUCACGACUGUAUGGCACAUAGAUGAGUACUCGCAUACCUUAUUAGGUAAAUCCUCUAUCGGCCAAUUCCAUUCUGGAGAUAGUUAUAUCGUACGCUGGAUGUACAGAAUUACUACAACUGGCAAUAAACUUAGCGGUCAGCCUUCCAAGUAUGCUGCAAUUGGUAGAGAUCGUUGCGCUUAUUUCAUUUGGCAGGGACGAACUGCAUCUCCAAACGAACAAGGAACAGCAGCAUUGCUUACUGUUGAACUGGACCAUGAAAAAGGGUCUCAGAUUCAGGUAGUUCAAGGUUUUGAACCUCCUGCAUUUCUUAAUUUAUUCUCUGGAGGAAUGGUUGUCCAUUUUGGAAAUAGAAUGGACCAAGAUAGAGAAGGUAGAUACAGGUUGUACAUUGGUCGAGGUACACUAAAAUCUGAAACAUCACUAGUCGAAGUUCCCUGUGAUAUGGAAAGCCUCAGAAGCCGUUGUUCUUUCGUCUUACUAGAUCGAGUUACCGCAAAGUUCUACGUCUGGCAUGGACGCGUCGCGCCUUCCCAUGUUAAAAAGAAUGUUUUGGCAGCUGUGGAAAAACUGAAGACAACUCGCCCAGAAGAGUUGGGAUUGAUUGCGGACUGUGAAGUUAAAUUAAUCGAAAUAUAUGAGGAGGAGGAACCGAAGGAAUUUUUUGACGCCUUUGAUCGAACAGAUGCUGAUCUCUAUUUACAUUUAAAAAAUACCGAUGGCAUAGAACACACUCCCAGACUUUUUCACUUAUCAAGUGUUUCUGGGGAGUUCAAACCUACAGAAUUACUUUGCGCUCAUCGUGCCGAUAUUGCAACGCCAUAUCCGUUUCUCCAAAGUGAAUUAUAUCAAGUAAAUCAACCAGCAUUAUUCAUGUUGGACAACAAAAAUGAGAUUUGGCUAUGGCAAGGGUGGUGGCCAGACAGUGGAGCAGAUGAUCAAACUGGAAGUGGAGCUGUAAGAUGGCAAUCGGAACGAAGGGCAGCGAUGAGAACAGCAAUACAGUACUGGCAAGCAAAUAAUCAUCAUUCAAAUGAUCUCCCCAUAUUCCUGGUUUGGGCUGGUCUCGAACCAUUAGAAUUUAGAAACCUCUUUCCGAUAUGGGAAAUCCGUGACGAUAUCGCAGAAUUGAACAUGAGGGAUGGUCAUAAGCCAGGGGAAGUAUUGAGCAUACAAAUGGAAUUAAAAAAAUUGACAAAAAGCACAUAUACCCCUGCAGAAUUAAUACAGAGACCUUUGCCUCCAGGCGUUGAUCCGACACGUCUAGAAUUGUACCUAUCACCUGAUGACUUUUCAGAUUUAUUUGGAAUGACAAACGAAGAAUUCCAAGGGAUUCCUGCUUGGAAGCAGAUUAAACUCAAAAAGGAGACUGGAUUAUUUUAAUUUUUACGUUCUGUGAGGAAUAAAAAUCAGAGAGACGUUUAAUUUUCUGAAAAACUUCAAGAUACUAAG